AUGGAAGAGAAUCCUAUUUUUGUAGAGUGUACAAAAGACAUAAAAGUACACCCACACCCUCAUGUAUCAGUGAUUAAAGGAAGUACUGAAGGAGCAUAUCGUUGUGAAAUUCUAGGCCGAGAAUUCAUGUUUAGUGAUCAAAUAGAAAUAGUUAUAGGCGGUCUAUAUGGUCACAAUAUUGCAGAACACGCACAUUUUUAUGUUGACCAUAAGCGCGUGAAUCGUCAGUCCUUAUUAGACGAUCAUCAAGGAAAAGAUGUUCAUGUUUAUUAUGCUGAUCAUAUUCACGAUGCGAGCAGACUUGGUUCAUUUUCUGUUCCUGUACUUGAACACCACCAAACGCUUCGACACCACGAAACUGGUGUGAUACAUUGA